ACAUUUUCUUCCUUAGAAAACCAAGCCAAACUGAUGUACCACCAGGAUCUACUAUACUAGGGUUUGUGAUCCCUGGGACAUGUAGUUUUGCCCCAGAAGGCGGGUCGCGCCUUCUUUGGGGCGGCUCGUCCGACGUCACGUCACGCUGUGAUGACCUCCCAAGCGAGGCCCCGACAGGGCCCCAUCGGAUCGAGGACCCUCCGGCCCUUUGCCCCCGUCGUCGUUGGGCUCCAGUGGACUCACCAGCCGCUGAACCUGUGUCCCUGGCCCCGGGUGAUGGGCUCCCCUCUGCCUGGGAGUCCCGCCAGGUGCUUCUCUUGGCGUUUGCAGGGGACCGGGCACGGUAGGGUAGGGCUAUAGAAGCCCCCCAGCAACGAAGAAAAAUCAGACCGACCAGUGCAUGGCGAGAGCAGCAUGCGGAGAGCCUCGAGCCUCGCCACUGCUCGACGAAGAAGACCAUGGUUACAUGGGGACUGGACUCCGCUAGUCCGUGAUCCACGUCCCGGAACUUGUCGAGCCCGAGCACUCCUUGACUGCCUUCGACUGGCUUGCCUUCCCGGACUUCCGAGGCGCCCCUGUGUGGGUGGCUCGCGAUACCCGCCUCGCGCUGCCGCCCCCCCGUGAUAUAACAAUGGGCGUGUCCCCGUCCCAUCGCCACCUCUGUUUCUGUUUCCUCACCAUCGCUAUUGUGUGGUGAUCAUCGCGAGCCUGGAGCUAUUCAUCUCUUCCUUUCGGCCGGCCCACUUUGUCUCUCUUUCAUCCGUAUCAUCACUCCUUUUCUGAUACUCUUCUUUUUAUCCUAUUUUCUUAAUAAGCCCGAAUUUAACAUAAUCUGCCCAGGUGGCCGACACUCUCUAGACCCUCACGAUGGUUUCCUCAGUACUUUCCCUCGGCAGCCUGUCUCUCUGGCUCGCCGCCCUCGCUGCUGCCCAGCAGCGGGUCCAGUUCAACCAGGUCAUCAACAUCAACGGUGACAUGCAGCUGAACCAGCUGCAAUUCCCCGAUGGGUCCAAGAUCGAGACCUUCUCGCAGUCCCAGCAGCAGCUCAUCGCCAACCUGAACCCGAACCCCCUUGGUGGCGCCAAUGUCGUUGGCUCCACCGGCCAGCCCUUCGUCCCGCUCAGCAGGAACUCGCUCAACAUCCAGACCAACAGGGCCGUCGACCUGGUUGGCGGCCAGAUCGAGCUGGCCAUCGACCCUGCCCUGCUGGCGGCCGCUGAGAUCAAGCCCGAGAACACCUUUGUCGCGAUGCUGUCCUCGGACCGCCAGGCCUGGAUUGUCCAGGAGGACAUCAAGUCUGUCAACACUACCGAUAACACCGUUCGCAUGAUCAAGCUCAACAAGGUUGAUGGCGAGUUCAUGGUUGUUGGCCGUAGGACCGUCGAGUCCAGCGUCGUUCUCACCCAGUUCGGCAACGCCGCUGCCAACCAGGUCAAGAUCGAGGGUGGUGGUAUCCAGGAGGUCGAGUUCGCCGACGGCUUCCGUCUGUCCAUCCGCAGCAACCAGCCCAUGGUACUCGCUACCGACGUCGUCAACGGUGUCAGCGCCAACCAGCUUGUCGGUGGUGUCCAGCCCAUCAACAACUUCCGCUACCUUGUCCAGACCAACCUCGGUGGACUCACCCCUGACCUGAACAACAUGGUCGCCGUCGUGCAGAUGCCUCUGAACCCCGAGCGUCUGCUGGCCAUGGCUGGCCAGAUGGGCAUCCAGGCCAACGAGGGCAUCGCUGUCGGCGUUGCUCAGCGUGGUGUUCAGUUCCAGCCCAACGUGGCCGGCAACUUUGGCCGCAUCGGCAGGCGCCAGGCCCGUGGUGGCAACGGCGACCGGAACAACAACAACAACCAGAACAACAACAACGGCGGCCAGGGCCAAGGCCAGGGCCAGGGCCAGAACCUCAACCUUGCCAACCAGCUUCUCCUUAACCCUACCUUUGCCCAGGUCAACCAGCAGCCCCAGCUUGAUGUCCGCAACAUGCGCAUCGCUGUCCCUGUCGGCUCUCUUGACGGCGAGUUCAUUGUAACCGUCUCCCGUGGUGGCGCCGCCGCUGGUGCUGGUGCUGCCGCCCCGGUUGUCCAGCAGCCCGCUGCUCCUGCCGCCCCUGCCGCCCCUGCCGCCCCUGCCGCCCCUGCUUCUUCGGCUCCCGCUGCCUCUACUUCUGCUGCCGCCCCCGCCGCUUCGGCUCCCGCCGCCUCGGCUCCUGCUGCUGGUGCUCCCGCCACUGCCCCUACUCCCGCUCGCAUGGGCACCAUCGGCGCCGACGGCUCCGCUCCCAAGCUCGGCCUCAGCACCAUGCCCAUGGCUGACGUCGGCAAGGUCCCGACCGCCCCCGGCUACAACGCCAAGCGCCAGGAGGUCGGCCCCAGCUCCACCAACACCAUCACCAUCUCCAUGGCCGACCUGACCGCCAUGGCCGACCGCCAGAAGUCGGGCACUAGCGGCAGCGCCGCGCUCGCCGUCUGGUCCCUCAUGACCAGCUUCGCGCAAUCCGGUGGCGCCCAGCGCUUCCAGGGCUUCCCCUCCGCCCCCGCCCCCGCCCUGGCGCAGUCGCUGCAGCGCCGUGACGGCGUCGUUGGCAAGCGCUUCGAGGCCUAGAGGGCCUAGAGUUAUAGCACGUAUACAAGCAAAUACAAUCCACUUCUCUCUGGAUACCAACGGCGUCUUGGCUUGGGCUUCAUAUUUCUGGUCGGUUGGUCGCUAGAUUCCAUGGGCGUUUAUUAUUGCUGAGUCAAGGGAACGGCAUUGACUUUCCCAGCGCUUGCGCCGACCCGAGCAUUUCCUUUCCUCCUUUUUUGAGCAAGCCUGUUUUUUUUUAGUAGCGUUAUCCUGUCCUACAAUACCACGAAGCGAUACGAGAUGGGGCAUUUAUGUUUGUUUGGUGGUUGUAUAGGUGGAAAGAGAAAUUCGGCUUUCAUACUACCAAUUUGCUUAUUUUCUUGACUACACUAUCUGAACGUGACUUGGUUGAGUUUUGGGUUGGUGACCCUUGGCGGAUAUGUGAUGUAGUGCCACGGGGACGGAAGUUGUGAGGCCACAUCCCUCCUCGUCUACUUUGGUUGUCAGACCCGCACUAUACGCCUUCGCAAACAAUCUUUGCACCUCUCGACACGCCAUGUUGGAGUAUACCGGCGCGCCCUGUUCAUGACAGAAUACCUCAGACAUUAUACGUAGAAGUGAUUUGGAGUCUGGACUAUUAAUGCCAUCGCCACGGGCUAGGAACAAGACGAUGUGGACAGGGUGGUACUCAUUUUGGGUGUAGCA